UUUUCCCAGCGGAAGUUCCUGGUCUCGUGUGCCAGUGGUUGUAGUCUUUCAAGACUGUUCGCGGGUCGCCUUCUGCAGUUUCAGAGUGAAAUUCAUAUUACUUAGAUGCAACUUUUGUGUUCAAAAUGUCGAACACUAAACUCCAGACCUUUCGGAGCUUUCUAACGGAGCGGUUUACCGCCGUGGCUGUGGAGAUAUUUGUAGAAGUUGAAACUAUUGUAGAGGCGUGUUACGAGGAAAACAAACGCCUGCGGAGCAUACUGCACAUGGUGCUUAACCCCGAGAUAAAGUUACCGAGGAUAGAUGAUAGUCGAUGCAUCAGAGCAACCACAGAUGUCAGAGAGAAGCCCCCUGAGCUGAGCUCUGCAGUGGACCGGGAAAUAUCAGAGCCUCUGCCCAAAAAACCUAAAGAGGAGCAAAUUGAAUGUGAUAUAAGUUUAGAAUCAGAACAAGAAGAAGAAGAACUGGGGGGAGCUGACUAUGCAGUUAUCCCAGGCUGUGUGAAAAGUGACCCAGAUGAAGAAGAUGACAACACACCUUGCCUCACUGACUUGUUUCACAUUCAAGUGGUGGAAUGCGACCCCAGCUCCCCAGCCACUUUUUCGGGUGUUGAAGGGAACAAUGAACACGAGGACAGUUCCUCACCAGACUCUGAUGCAGUCACUGAUUGCCCACAGCUAUCCAGAAGUGAAGAAAGUGCAAGUGAAAGUCGGGAACCUGAAAGACAUUAUAACACGUCAAUGACAAUGAAGUCAGAACAACCCCUGCAGAAAACCAAGCUAGAAUUACCAAGGAUGAUGCCAAACAAGUCUUUAAUUCCUACACCACCUGACUUCCCAUCCUUCUUGGCGAGGCUCACUGAAGCCUUCAAGGAUGUUUCUGAUGACACAAAGCCUCUGAUAACCAAAAUGGGCCUCACAGCAGAUGUGGAAUUGGUGGACUGUGCUUUUGGUAAAGUCCCUAAAGGUAGCCCCCUGUCCUACCAGUGCCCUGUGCCAUCGAGUAAGGAUUACGAAGCUCACGAUGAUGCUCCCCCUCGACCGCUGCUUCCCCUGUCCGAUCACAGACUGGAGCCAGUGUCGGCUCCUCCUACCCUCAGCGCUAGAGAGCAGGAACACAUGAACACCAUGCAGGUCACCUGGGAGGACGCGCACAGUCUCGAGCACUCCACACGUGGAUGCAAGCGGUCUUUAGAGGAGCUCAGGAAACAGCACUUGACCAGCCGUUUCAGGGAGAUCUGCAAACUUCAACCAGGACAGAGCCACGCAGAGCGCAUGAUAUUAAAGAUACGGAAUGGACUCCCCAGAUGCAAGACGGUACAGGUAGAAGAAGAGAUGAAGACUGAAGCACUUCGGGAAUACUGUCAGCAUAUGUGUGUCAACUGGUACCCCUGUGGUAUGGUUGUCCACCCAAAUGCUCCAUGGUUGGGGGCACAGCCAGACGGGUUGGUGUACGACCCCAAUGAGAAGCCCAGUUUCGGGCUGGUGCACAUCAGAUGUCUCAGGUUCCGAAGCCUUGUUGACUGCGGGUUCCUGAUCUGCCGGGAUGGAGUCUUAAAACUAAGGACGAACCACUCAUACUAUUGGCACAUCCAAGGAGAGAUGAUGGUGACAGGCACAUCGUGGUGUGAUCUGUUUGUCUUCUCCAGAGAAGACAUACUGGUUCAACGCAUCUACCGGGACAAAGUUCUCAUCGAGGUUAUGAGGAAGAAGUUGCAUGAUUUCUUUUUCCGUUAUUAUCUGCAAAGUCUGUUUGACACUGAUGUCACAGCUUGAGUGUUUGUGGUGUUGUCACACUUUUGUCAUGCACUACAUGUUGUUUCCUCAGUUUCCUUCUCUAACCUCUACUGUUCUACUGGCAUUAAAUAUGAAACGUUUACUACAAGUUCCAUCAAGUCUAGUCUAGACUAAGUUUGUGUUUUUGUUCAUAUGUUCUGAAAAUUGUCUCUCAAGUAUGUUUUCAUUAGCCACAGAUUUUUUUUUUUUAAUCCUCUGUGUUUUCUUGUACUUUGAGAUGACUGCUGAAACCACCAGGUCUUUGAUGCAAUUAGACAUUGAAUUGAGUUUCUAUUUGCUGUGUUUACCCCUCUUAUUCUCUCCAAAGACACUCUGUUCUAGGGCUGCAUUUACUCUAUUUUCAUUAUUGAUCAGUCUGCUCAUCUUUUAUGUACUUGACACAACUUUGAAUGUUCUUAAAUAAAAAUUCUCAUUUCUAACCA